AUGGGUGACGCUGAUAAGGCUCAGUACCUCGGAAUGACGACAGCCAUGGACCAGCAGCUGCCACAGAUAGAAUAUCUCAUGUGCUUUUACCACGUCAUCAAAAAGUGCUAUGAAAGGCGUACUGAGUUGACGAACGAAGAAUGGCGAGAUGUUUCAUUCGACAUCUAUUUGCUGCAUAUGUCGGCAAGUCGUGUGGACCUAGGCGACUUAAUGGCGGUGGUGCACGACAAGUGGGCGACGAGCCGGGGCCUCCGGAAGUUUCGGCGCUAUUUCUUUAGCCAAUGGCUGCCGUACAACCGUGCGUACAGUGGAACUGACGAUGUCCGCUUUUGGAAGUGGCAAGUGUACCACAGUCCACCUGGCAGCUCGUACACCAACAAUCCAACCGAGCACUUCAACUGCGAAUUGAAAGAUGUACGACAAUUAUCAUACUACAUUGAAUAA